AUUGAAUAAAGGCGUUCUUUAUCACCAAGUAAAAUGGGAUAUUUAAAAGAAAUUAAUGUCGAAAACUUUAAGUCAUGGCGAGGACAACAGGUUAUCGGCCCAUUUAUGCGUUUUAAUUGUAUAAUUGGCACAAACGGCUCUGGCAAGUCCAAUGUGAUGGACGCCCUGAGCUUUGCCAUGGGGGAGCGAGCAUCCUCUCUGCGGGUGAAACACCUCAGAGACCUGAUUCACGGAGCCCACAUCGGGAGGCCAGCGGCGGACACCGCCCGCGUCGCUAUGCGGUACUGCGACGAUGAGGAGCAGGAGACUGUUUUCUGCAGGACCAUUCAAGGGGAUUCUUCUGAUUAUCGGAUCAAUGGUAAACGCGUCAGUCUGGCCAUAUACACUGAAGAGCUGCAGAAGAUCGGCAUCGUAACAAAAGCUCAAAACUGCCUGGUGUUCCAGGGGGCAGUGGAGUCAAUUGCAAUGAAAAAUCCGAAAGAGAGGACCAAGAUGUUUGAAUUCAUCAGCCAGUCAGGAGAAUAUUCUGCAGAGUAUGAUAAGAAGAAAGAGGCUCUGCUGAAAGCCAAAGAGGACACACAAUUUCACUUCAACAAGAAGAAAUCAGCAACCACAGAGAAGAAACAGGUGUCCCAGGAAAAAAUGGAGGCCCAGAAGUACCAGGCACUAGUGGAUGAACUCUACCAAAACCGCCUGCAGCUGAGCUUGGCUGAGCUCUACCAUAAUGAGAAGGGCAUCAGCGCCUUCAGCGAUGCCCUGAGGGAGAAGCAGCAGGCUGCAGCUGUCAAGAACGAUAAACUGGCGGAGGCUGAGAGCAUGGUCAAAGCUUGCAAGAAGGAACAUGGACACCUCACCAGAGAGCAGCAGCAAAUGGAGAAGGAGAUCCGUGCCCAGGAGCAAAUUCUGUCCCAGUGUCGCUCCCAGUAUGUCAAGGCAAAGGUGAACACUUCCCAUCACAUGAAGAAAGCUGAGGAGGUCCGUGAUGCCCUGAGGAGGAGUCAGAAGCAGAUGGCAGUUAAAGAGCAGGAGCUGGCAGAGGGAUGGCAGGAGAUCGCUGAACUAGAGAUGACCUGGAGGAACUACGAGAAGCAGGUGAAGGAGAAGGAAGCUUCCCACGGGAGAGACAUCGACCUAGAUGAGGAUCAGCUGGAGCGAUACAAAGAGCUGAAGGAGCUAGCUCAAAAGCAGGGUGCCGUUUACAGCCAGCAGGCGGAGAAACUCCACUGGGAGGUCAAAGCAGAUACCAUAAAAAUGUCCUUUGACCAGCGCAGAAAGAAGGAAGUGCAGGCUGUUAUCAAGAGCAACCUGAAUCAGCUGGAAGAUUUGACCCGCAGAGCAGAAAAGUUAGAGGAGUACACCAAGACUUGCAAGUCCUCUCUAGAGGAGAACCGUCAGCAGGAGGAGAGCCUGACUGCUGAGUUGCAGAGAGGUCAACAGCGCCAAGCAGAGGUUAAGCAGGAGCUGGGCCAGGUCCUGGAGGAGCUAGGGAACGCCUGUCUGGACAAUCAGGAGAGCAGACGCCAAACUCAGCGCAAAGAGAUCGUGGAGCGGCUCCGUAGACUCUACCCUCAAACAGUGUUUGGCCGCCUGUCUGAACUGUGCAGUCCCAUCCAUAAAAAGUACCAGCUGGCUGUCACCAAGGUGUUUGGCCAUCAUAUGAACGCCAUUGUUGUGGCCUCGGAGAAGGUGGCCCGUGAGUGCAUUCAGAUUCUCAAGACAGAGCGAAUCGAACCUGAAACCUUUCUGCCCAUUGACUACUUGGAGGUGAGUCAUCUGAAUGAGCGACUGAGAGAGGUACCCAGUGCCAAGAUGCUGGUGGAUGUUGUUCAGGUGAACACCUCUGCAGGUGCCGCCAUGCUGAGGAGAGUGGUGCAGUUUGUUUGUGGCAACACUUUGGUGUGUGAGACCAUCAAAGAAGCCAGAAGUGUGGCCUUUGGCAGGCAGGAGCGCUUGAAGACGGUAUCCUUGGAUGGGACGCUGUUUUCAAAGUCUGGUGUCAUCUCUGGAGGUUCCAGUGACUUGCGAACCAAAGCUCGAUGCUGGGAAGAGAAGGACAUGAAGAGGCUGAUUGAACGCAAACAUCAGCUAAUGGCAGAGUUACGCGGUUUCAUGGGGCUUAAUCGUAAGGAGUCAGACCUGAAGCAGGUCUUUGCUUAUGCUCAGGGGGUACAGACACGCCUCAAGUACUCCACGGUGGAAAUGGAAAACCUUGGAAAGAAAAUUAUCCCUAAAUGUCAGGCGGAGAUUUCUCGUUUGGAGAGUGAAUUAGCAAACCUGGACUCUCAGAUCCAGAUGCAGCAUGAGAGUGUGGAGGCUAAGGAUGCAGAGAUGAGUAAGAUAAGACAGCAGAUCAACCAGAUGGAGGACUUGGUGUUUUCUGACUUCUGUGCUGAGAUCGGCGUGGACAACAUCAGAGAGUAUGAGCAGGACCAUCUGAAGCAGCAGAUGGAGUUUGACAAGAAGAGACUGGAGUUUGAGAGUCAGUGCACUCGCCUGAAAGCACAGCUGGAGUAUGAACAAGACCAACUGGGCCAGCACAAGAAGAAGCUCCUCAAAAUGGAGGAAAACAUCCGGCAGGAGCAGCUAAUCCUGGAUGAGCAGAGGAAGGAUGAGGAGAAGAUGCUGGCGGCAGUAGAUGAGGGUCAGAACAAUCUGCUGGAGCUGAAGAACCAGCUGCUUCCUAAGAAGAGUCAGCUUGCUUCUGCCAAAUCUGAGCUGGACCAGAAAACCCAAAACCUUCGAGAUAUCAACAAAGAGUUGGUGAAGCUCCAGCGGGAGGUGAUGUCUGCAGAGUCGGCCUUGGAGCAGAAACGUCUGGCCAGACACAAUUUACUGCUGGCUUGUAAGAUCCAGGGUCUGCCCAUCACUAUUCUGUCUGGCAGUCUGACAGAAAUCAGUGAGAUGCAGUUGGACACAGAAUCUGAGAGCACUUCUGCCACCAUGGACAUCUACGAGAGAGAGGCACAACUGGUGAUCGACUACUCUGACCUGGGGGCAGAUCUCAAGAGCCUUCAGACAGAGAAGGAUGCACAGGCCUACCUAGAAAGGAUGGAGGAGUGUGUGUCCUCCAUACAAGCUGUGCUGCAUCGCACUCCUGCGCCCAACCUGAAAGCUCUGGAGAAGAUGAGGGAAGUGAAGGACAAGUUACUUGGAGUGACAGAAGAAUUUGAUGCCAGCACCAAAGCUGCCAGAAAGUGCAGCCAGGAGUUUGAGCAAGUGAAAGCCCAGCGCUUCCAACUCUUCAGCCAGUGCUUUGAACAUGUGGCUGUCAUCAUCGAUCAGAUCUAUAAAAGAAUAUGCAGGAACAGCAGUGCUCAGGCCAUUCUGAGUGCAGAGAAUUCGGAUGAGCCAUACCUUGGUGGCAUUAACUACAACUGUAUUGCGCCCGGGAAACGCUUCAUGUCCAUGGACAAUCUGUCUGGUGGAGAGAAAGCCAUUGCUGCUCUGGCUCUGCUGUUUGCCAUCCAGAGUUUUCGUCCUGCACCUUUCUUCGUCUUGGAUGAGGUGGACGCAGCCCUGGACAACACUAACAUCGGAAAGGUGACCAGUUUCAUCAGAGAGGAGUCGAGGAAGAACAUGCAGAUCAUCGUCAUCUCCCUGAAGGAAGAGUUUUUCUCAAAGGCUGACGCCUUGCUGGGAGUCUACUCAGAUUUUGACGAAUGUAUGCUCAGCCGCAUUCUGACCCUGGACCUGCGUUCCUACCCUCUGGUGGAAGACGAGAGCGGGAAGCAGGCAGACAAAGAGAAGGACAAGAAGUGAAGACCUCAGUAGUUCAAAGUUAACUGCAUUAAGCCCUUGCCUUUGUGUGUUUUGCAUUUUGUUCACUGGCCAUAUCGGUUUAAAAUAUUUAAACCAGGAUGGAUUAUUAUCCUGUCUAUGUUUCAGUCCAUUACUAGUAUGUUUUAUUGAAGUUAGAGCUUUUUGACUGAUAAGAUGGUUCAGCAAUUGGUUUAGUGUGUAGUUACACACAGUAAAAUAAAGUUUUAUGAUAACUAGAGUUAAAAAGAAAGUCACAAAAACUGUUCGCAACCCAGUUGUUGAGUCCCUAAGCACUGCAGAAAAUUUAACUUUCUGGGUUAAGUGCAGUUUUCAAGUUGUUGGUGUGUCACUACCUUGAUUAUAGAUUUGUUGCUUCACAGUUAGGUA